AUGCAGGCGGUGAGUGACACCGGGGAACCCCGGCGCCUUUUAGCCCCGGCCUCCUCCCCGCGGUUCAAGAGGGGCGCCAGGGCGCGCGGUGCGGGCGCAGAGCCUCCCGUGCACGCCCGUUCACUGGCUCCGGCCACCGCGCCCCAGCCGCCGCGGGAGGAGCCCUUCGGGGAACGUUUGGGCGCUUCCACCGCUUUAGAUUUGCGUGGAGUUUAUUGGCAGCUUGCACGCGUUCCCACCUUGCUGCGUACGCAGCGCAGUGAUGUUAACCCGGCGGCCCGGGAGUGCGGUUCCGAGCGCUGGGACUUCAGCCAGCCCCGGGGAAGUGAUAAUCCCGAAAACGCAACCCGGUGGGGUGUGGAUUGGCACUACCAGAGCCAGUACUUAUCAGCAUUUAUUGAACGGAAUGCACGGCUGCUUCAGUCACUUAUUAUUGAUGCAUUCCAUGGUAAAGGAUUUCAGAAAAUAAAAGAAUAUUUUCAACAGAGAGGGAGCCACAUUCCUCAAAAAUAUAAUCAUCUUGAAUUAUACCAUCUUGACAAAUCUAUAAAUAAGGAACUGGAUAAAAAUGAAUUUCAGCAUGUUUCACUGUUGCUGAAAUGUAUUCAGUGGUUCUUCAUUGAUGGUCUCAAAGAAGAUGAACCUUGGCUAGUUCAGCAUUGACUGAUCCCAAAGAUGGCUACCUGGUUUGAAAGAACAGUAGAAUUUCUGACCAUGGAAGAUCUCGCUUCAGACACAUCCCUGACUAAUGUCAUGGAAGACUUCUUUGACACAGUGCUGAUUAUUUCCAGAAGGAGUAGUAAAGGGAAAAUUCAGAUGUUGUAUUCCUUCAUGUUUACCUUAGGAUUUCUGGUGACAGAAAAGACAGUAAAUCAUUUGAUUCAACAAGAGGCUUUGAUGACUUUGAACAGCAUUUUGCAUGCUGUACCUUGGGAAGAGAGAAAACUCCCCUCAUCAGAAGACAGGUGUCAUCUCAUGAAAGAUUUUGCAAGAACAAUCUUGACUGUGGGUGAUUAUGGCCAGCAGGUUGCUCUUUCUGAAGCAUUGUGUAGACUGACAACUAAAAAAUCAAGGGAUGACCUUGUCCAUCAGUGGUUUGAGGAUGACGUCAUUGCUGAAGCUUUCAAAAAAAUUAAGGAUCACGAAUUUGAAACGGACAGUAGGCUGUUUCUCAAUUACCUAAACAACAGACUUGGUGACCAAAGAAGGGUCUAUUCAUUCCCAUGUAUUGCCGCUUUUGCUGAUUGGCAUGAGAUGAGAAAGCCAGCAGAUGAAAAAUUAGAGAAAUUUUGGAUUGAUUUCAACCUAGGAAGUCAGAGUGUAACUUUUUAUAUAGAGAGUACAGAGAGUGCUCUGUGGGACUCCGUAAGACUUUUGAAGGAAGCAGUGAUUAAUUUCAGCAUAAUAGAAACUGAAAAGAAAAAGAUGUUCAUCAUUUACUUGAAGCCUAUUAAUAUUGGAAACAAGGAAGUGAGGAAAGUAGAAAUUCAUUUUGAUUUGCAAUUCAACAUAUCACAAGCUUCCGUUAAAGCUUUAGGAGAAGACAAACAGAUAUUGUUUGACCAGAUAAAAAUCUCCACACAACUUCUUGAUAAGUUUGUAAAGGAAGAACCUGAGAGUCCUAUCAACCACAAAAGAGAGACAGACCAGGCAGAAGAAUCCACCAAGCUGGCAGAGUUAACACCUGCCGAAGCUGACUGCUGCCUAAUAACUAUCCCCUUAAACGACCAGUCUGAGCUUUCUCAAACAAAGAUAGCUGAUAGUUCGCCUGAAAAAUUGAAACUGGGUGAUAUGCAACAAGAAGUUCCUUCAAAACAUGAGCAUUCUUCAGAUUUACAAGAGCAAUCAGGAAAAAUCCUGGUUCCUAAAUUAAAAGAUAAAUCCAGGAAAGAAUCUACUUUCAAGGGUGCCAGAAAGCAAGAAAGAAGGAUGUCGAAGUUCAAUUACAGGAGACACCUCUUCUCGGAGAGUAAUCAAGAUUCAAGUUCUAGUGCUACUGUACUAUCUUGGGACAUUAACCAAGACAGGAAAUCCCUAAAACCAUAUCCUGGUAGAAGAAAGACAAGAACCAGAAGUAGCUUAAACAUCUUGCCGCUUUUCCCUCCCAGUCCUGCCAGUGAUCGUUAUAAAGACCAAGCUAAACUUUUAACACCAUUGUGGAAAGGUGCCUCCAGGCAAAACGACGCCACACAUCCAAAAAUUUCUGAAACAGAAUUUCAGGGUAGUUCUGCCCAUUUAAUUCCUGAAACCUCUGCCCAGAAAACAGAACUUACCGAGAGCCCCCACCCACCGAGCAGUGUCUCUUCACUGGAGCACUCAGAAGAACAGAAUGUAUCUAAGACUGUAAACGAAGACUCAUUGAUGAAAAGUGCUAACCUCAAACAUAAACUGGAAAACCUGGAAGACAGAGACAUGUUGGAUGGUAGUUUUGCUAAGUGGAAACAGUCAAAAGUGGAAGAGGAUGAUGCUCCAGGAUCACUUUCCUCCGUGAGAGAAGAAGCAGACUUGGCAGAAAACAUUUCUACUCCACCCCUGGCCGUUGUGCCGGAGAACUUGAAUAGCUCUGCUGUUAUCACAACCUUUGAGAACUUCACUAGAGAACUGGAAAGAAAAUGUGAGCUUAGGUACAGAAGGAGUGCACUUUAUUCAGAAUAUGCAAAGCAAGCACCGAGCUGCCUAAUAAAACUUUUAAACCAGAUACAUCACUGUAGGCUGAAUAAACUAGAACACUUUAACAAUAUUGUUCUUCGAGAGCUCACCAGCCUUGAGAAGGAUAUGCAGGCUCUGAAACACCUUGAGAAGGAUGUUCUGGAGUUUUGGGGGAAACAGGCCGCUGAUCUGAAAUCAUUCUGCGAUCUGCAAAUGCUGAGGGAGGAAAAUAUUGUCUUGGAAAUCAUCUCUGAGACUCUUUCACAAGCCCAUGACCACAAGUAUCCCAACUGUGAGGGACAUGGGCAGUUGAGCACCAAACUGCUACUGAAGGAGGCUGCCUCUGCCCACGAGGACGAGUCAGGGAAUGGCCGUGGGAAAGUGGUCUUCCUGUUUAUAUGA